AUGAAAUGGCCGGAGGCUGUUUCAGCCGCAUUCGAAGAGGCGGAGAAAGAGACAGAAAGCACGGAUUUGUCCAUUCCAAAAAUUAUCAAGCGAGCGUAUAUUUGCUUUCUGCACAUUCCGAAGACAGGAGGAACGACUUUCGAGAGCUUCAUCACCAAAAAUAUCACCAACGAAAUGCUCCCCGUUCCAAAAACAGAGGGCGGCUACAAAAACGCCAACAUCCUGAGUAGACAAAAACAUUUCGACUGGACCCAAGUCGAGCUCCUUCGAAAAUCGAUCUUCGAAAAGAAGAAAGAGCAAAUGGCCGUUGUCUCCUUAUUUCGCGACCCAGUAGCAAGAGCUGCUUCUCAUUUUAAUUUUAUUAAAGGUCCGUUAGCAUGGGCGGCGGAAUUGCUCAAAGAUAAGACGAUAGACGAUAUGUUCGACGAUUUUUCGCUGAUGAUGGAAAUUCGGGGAGUUUGGCAAGAUGGAAUGGCCGCGGCUCAUUACCUAGCCGGUACUCAUAUCGGAUCGAGUUGGGUCUUGCACGAUUGGGACAAAGAAAAAGACAUGAAGUCUCAAAUCCGAGACUUGGAAGAACAAACACUCGAUGUUGAGACAAUCCUUGAAAAAGCAACAAAGAACCUGGAAGCGUUGGAUUUCAUCGGAAUCACGGAAAACUUUGAAGAAUCGGUGAACAUGUUCAACUAUCAGUUUCCGAAUACGCAUAAGAAGAAAGGUCGACCUGAGCACCAUGAGAACGAACGACAAUAUGAGGAAGCAACUGACGAGACGAAGGAUAAGCUCCGAUCUUUAAUGCCUCUCGAUGUUUGGCUGUACGAAUACGCAAGGAACAUUUUCAACGCUCGACUCCACUAUCUUCUGACAAACGAAAAACAAACUCCAGUAAAGCCGCCACCUCCCGAAGUUCUCUGCAAAUCGACCCGAUUCGUACUUGCGUGUUCGGGAGGACCGCUCGAAAAAUUUGUCUAUAAAUGGCCGAGGCUUGAUAAAAUUGAAGAUGAAGAGGAGAGACUGAAACAAGAAGAAUAUUUUAAAAACUGGAAAAAUGAAAUUGAAGCGCUCUAA